AUGAAGAUGUGUAGGUUUAACGUUAAAGAGCCUACGUUAAUUUUUGUGAUUGCCUUGUUUGUUUGGUCUUCAAGCUUUGAGAAUUGCAGUGCUUGGGGAGAUGAGGACAAGAGCCUAGGCAACACUGCACCAGGCUCUUGGCCGACGAAGGAAAAAUAUGCUCCUUACGUGCCACCUGAAACUACAGCGGCAACACCAAAACAAGGUGGAUGGAACUCCGCCAUUUUUAAUGUAUUAGAGUAUGGUGCUAAAGGCGAUGGACAUUCCGACGAUACAAAGGCGUUCGAAGCAGCGUGGGCAGCAGCUUGCAAUGUGGAGGGAUCAACAUUGUUUGUUCCAUCUGGGUUUGUGUUCCUCGUCAAACCAAUCUCCUUCUCCGGCCCUAAUUGUCAACCAAACAUUCAAUUUCAGUUGGAUGGCAAAAUUAUAGCUCCUACAAGCAGUGAACCUUGGGGGUCAGGCCUCUUACAGUGGCUCGAAUUCAAAAACCUUAAAGGAAUUACAGUUUUCGGUAAAGGUGUCAUCGAUGGACAAGGCUCAGUCUGGUGGGAUGGAACGGGAAAAAUGCCAAGCACCAGACCAACGGCACUCAGGUUUUAUGGAAGCAAGUCUGUGACGGUCACUGGGAUAACAAUUCUAAACAGUCCACGAACGCACCUCAAAUUUGACAAUUGUGUUAGUGUUCAGGUCUUUGACAUAUAUAUUUCAUCCCCUGGUGACAGCCCCAACACGGAUGGAAUACACCUCCAAAACUCCGAAGAUGUUGUCAUCUACAGAAGCAAUCUUGCAUGUGGAGAUGAUUGUGUAUCCAUACAAACUGGAUGCUCAAACGUAUACAUACACAAUGUCAAUUGCGGACCUGGACAUGGAAUCAGCAUCGGAGCCCUAGGAAUGGAUAACACCAAAGCUUGUGUUUCAAACAUCACCGUCCGAGACAUUGCGCUGCAUAAUACUCUGACUGGUGUCAGAAUAAAAACAUGGCAGGGUGGCUUGGGUUCAGUCCAAGGAAUCAUGUUCUCAAACAUCCAAGUUUCUCAAGUUAAAAUCCCAAUCAUGAUCGACCAAUUCUACUGUGCUAGUGACAAGAACAAAUGCCAGAACAAAACAUCAGCCGUGGCAGUGUCAGGCAUAAACUAUGAAAAUAUACGAGGAACAUACACAGUCAAACCUGUACAUUUUGCAUGUAGCGACGGCUUGCCCUGCACCAGUUUAUCACUAGCUAACAUGGAGUUAAUGCCACUUCAACUUAACAACGACUUGUGUGAAUCUUUCUGUUGGAAUGCAUAUGGAACACUGAGAACUAGAAAUGUCCCUCCAAUUGCCUGUUUGCUGACAAGCACUAGAUUUCAGUCUAAUCAUAAUUCUUGCUGGGCUUAG